AUGUCAGAGCUCCCGGAGGUAGUCCUUGGUUCCAGGGCAGAUUCGACUACUCUCACCUACCUCAACAGUUUUAAGCGAUGGCGUGCUUGGGCCAACAGAUUUCCCGAGGUCGCAGUGCUGCCUGCUACUCCGGCUUACGUUUCUUCAUACCUGCUCAGUGUUCUCCAGGCUUCUAGUUCUCCUGCGCCGGUCCAGAACGCCCUCUAUAGCAUCCGCUGGGCUCAUGAUUUUGCUGGUUUCGACUCUCCUACCAAUCAUACACUUCUCCAGAAGGUCGUGGAGUCCGCUAAGAGAAGGCUAUUACACCUUACUUCCAAAAAGCUCCCCAUUACACCCGAAAUUUUACUAACGUUUUUUCAGAGUCUCGAUGGAUCUUUGGUGGACACGAGAUUCAUCGCCAUGGCGUUACUGGCCUUUGCGGGGUUCUUAAGAUUUGACGAAUUGGCUAAUCCGAAACUUAAAGAUUUAGCUCUGCAUGACACUCGUUUUGAGCUUUUAUUGAAAGUAGUAAAACUGAUCAAUUUCACGAGGGCGCUAUUGUCCCUAUUGUCAAGUCUGGCACGGAUUGUUUUCCCCUGGGGUAAUUUAGAGAAGUACUUAUCGUAAGCCAAACUCACUUUACCGACAUCUUCCCAAGGUGGAGACGACUACUUGUUCGGAAAUAUUCAACCAAGUCUGGCUCUUACAAGACAUUUGGAGCCUGGGCGGAUGGACUACAAGAUGUAGAGAAGUUUUAUUGAAGAAGACUACAGACGUGGGCUUAGAUCUUAAGUCUUUCUCUUGGCACAGCUUCAGAAGUGGCGGUGCAUCUGCCGCCGCUAAUGGUGGUAUCUCCGAUAGAAUGUUUAAGCGCCAUGGUAGAUGGCGUUCGGAAAACGCUAGGAUGGUUACUUUGCAGACUCGAUAG